CGGCCGUUCAUUGGUUAAUAACGCAAACCCUGUUCUGUUGUCCGUAUUGGCUGUUGUCGCUGUCAGUCACAGCCGGGGUCGAACCUUCCCCACUCUUUGUCUGUGCAAGCUCCUGUUGUCUGGGAGAGUGGCGGACGUGCUGCUGUAGAUUGGUCACAGGGAGAAGCCUGUGGUCUUUCCUAUUGGCCCAUCUGUCCGAGGGUGAUGCGGAUUGGUGGGACGGAACAACCUGGGUGCUAGUUGGCAGAGCUCUCGCUGGAUGGAAGGUCCGGUCGCAGAGUGAUGGUGGCGGCAGCGAAGAUGGGCCGGGCAGGGACCAUGGCGGUGGAGGCAGAGGUGGCAGGGGCGGGGCAGCUGGCGGUAGAGGAGACUGUGGUCUUCAGGGAGCUGUAGGUGGAGGCAUGGCUCGGGCUACCGGCGGGAACGGCAGCGAGGAGGCCUGGGGGGCACUUCGGGUGCGGCAACAGCAGAGUCUGGCAGCGUCUUCUCUUGAGGGAGCAAUUUGGAGAAGAGAUGGAACCCAGAAUCACGCCGUGGAUGCCAUCCUUUAUCAUCCACAGCAAUCCCAUCUGCUUCGAGAGCUGUGCCCGGGAGUGAACAACCAGCCCUACCUCUGUGAGAGUGGUCACUGCUGUGGGGAGACUGGCUGCUGCACGUACUACUAUGAGCUCUGGUGGUUCUGGCUGCUCUGGACUGUCCUCAUUCUCUUUAGCUGCUGUUGCGCCUUCCGCCAUCGACGAGCUAAACUCCGGCUGCAGCAGCAGCAGCGGCAGCGUGAGAUCAACUUGUUGGCCUACCAUGGGGCAUGCCAUGGGGCUGGCCCUGUCCCUGCUGGCUCACUGCUUGACCUUCGCCUCCUCAGCGCCUUCAAACCCCCAGCCUAUGAGGAUGUGGUUCACCGCCCAGGCACACCGCCACCUCCUUACACUGCAGCCACAAGCUGCCCCUCGUCGGCUUCCAGUCAAUGCACCUGCUGCUCCUCCGCUUCCAGCUGUCCUGCCCACCAUGAGGGAACAAAUGUGGAAGAUGUUUCCUCCCACCAGAGUGCCCCUCCUCAUCAGGAGGGUGAGCUUGGGGCAGGAGUGAGCCCUGCCCCCACACCCCCCUCCUGCCGCUAUCGCCGCCUGACUGGUGACUCAGGUAUUGAGCUCUGCCCUUGUCCUGACUCCAGCGAGGGUGAGCCAGUCAAGGAGGCUAGGGUUAGUGCCACCCUACGAGAGGUGGAGGACCAGUCCCCUUGUGCAUGGCCCCUAAAUCCAGCACCCCAAGUCUCUCCUGCGGGGCUGGCUUCCAGUGAAGGGGACAUCCCAUAAGCAAUUUUGGGAGGCGUGGGGUGGGUUACCUGCCCACCAGAAAGCCCUGUUUCCAACUCCCUGGGUUCUUGGCCUCUCCCUGCCCUUCUAGAAUCUGAAAAGGCUGGAGUCCUGAGAAGGGCAGUGUUUGGGGGACUGUGCGAGCUCUAUCCCCCAAGACAUACCCAGGAGCCUUUGAUCUCAUUAAAGAGAUGUGAAGCA